UUGGUUUCCCUUUUGGUUUGGUUAGGCUGGUAUUUUCGUUUUUUGCCUUUUGGUUUAAACGACAAAUCAAACUAACAAAACGUACACUGACCGUACACGGACCCGGAUUCAGAACAUGAGAAUUAUAAGUCAUAAUAUGUAUCUUGGUAAUGUAAUGCUUUUAUUGUGAUACAUUCAACGGAAAUGCUACAUGUUUUUCACUUGCACACUCUGCUUUGUUUUCGUUUCUGGAUAGAGGAAGUGCAUUCCAUUUAAAUCUUUGGAUCUGAACUUUAAAUAAUCGUAACAAACAACAUUAAAGCGUUGCUUGAAUAGCAGCAUACCUCGCUGCUAACGCUACAGUAAAGUGAGUGUUCUCUCUGCGGUGUUUAAUCAUCCUGUUACACAUCGAGCUGUCGUCACCUGACCAGGAAACUAAAGGAGAAAAAGCAGCCGUUGGCCAAACCACUGAUGCUGAAUAAGAAGAGAGGCCAUACGUGUUUGCUAGCGUCUGGUAUGGCUGCUUUAGUGCUGCUCAUGGUUGUGCUGUACGGGACCAUCGGGCCCCAGCAGGCGGGCGGCUCCAUCCUGCGGCCGGGCUACCUGCUCCGGGGCAGCCCGCUGUACCAGCUGGACCUGAGCUGGCCCCGGAAGCCGGAGCUGUUCAGCGGACAGGUGUUCGGGGUGGCGGUCAACCAGAACGCGGGGGUGGUGUAUGUGGCGCAGAGAGGUGCAGAUGUGCCCAAGGUGCUGGUGUUCUCCACAGAGGGGGAGUUCCUCAUGUCCUGGAACACAACCACCCUGGAGAUGCCCCAUGGUAUAUUCCUAGCUGACGCGGCCUCAGCCAACCCCACGGUGUGGAUCACAGAUGUGGGGAACGGCCCGUACGGCCACAGCGUCAAACAGUACUCCCCGUCUGGGAAGCUCCUGCAGGUGCUGGGGUCUCCUGGGAAGGCGGGCUCUGGGAUGAACCCCCUCCAGUUCGACCAGCCGGCUGAAAUCUUCGUCCACCCCUCCGGAGAGAAGUACAUUGUUGAUGGUGACGGUGGGAUGAACAACCGCCUCAUCAAGCUGUCCAAAGACCACGAGGUGAUGUGGAUGCACGGAGAGAAAGGACAAGGCAUGGCUCAGUUCUACAUCCCCCACAGCGUCACCGUGGACGAGUACCACCGGGUGUGGGUGGCCGACCGGGGCAACAAGAGGAUCCAGGUGUUCAACUCCAUCACCGGGGAGUGGCUGGGGACCUGGGGGAGCUGCUUCUCCGAGGACGCCCCCUACUCCGUCCGCCUGACCCCAGACAAGAAGUACUUUGUGGUGGUCCAGCUGAACACCAACCAGAUCUCGCUGCUGGAGGCUCCCCCCGUGGGUCUGAUCGGCCAGUGCAAGGUGGUCAGUGUGAUCCAGCUGGCUGAGGAGGUGAAGCCCCACCUGGUGGACCUGGACCUGAAGACGGGGGCUCUGUAUGUGGCAGAGAUCGGGGCUCAGCAGGCCCAGAAGUUCACCCCCUUCCGUCUGGGGGGGAACUUCCUGUAGUGCCACACUUAAAAGGUCUAUAAUAAACCAGCUACGCCGAUAAUAAGCACUAUAGAUUAUUUAAAACGCUACCAAAAAUGUCCAUGUUGUGUAAUUUGCAAUCAUGUGAUCCAUCAAUUAUUGAUUUGUCAGUAAGAUAAAACAUCUGGGGUUAAGAUUUCUAGGGUAUCCCCUGACAACCCUAUCUCAUAGAAACAAAAUGUGAUUCAACAGAAUGUAUGAAAGUAUAGCUAUAUGGAUACCUUGUUUUACAUAUGGAUACCUUGUUUUAAAUAUAGAUACCUUGUUUUAAAUAUAGAUACCUUUUUUAAACUUGAAAAAGUAGGAAAAGGCUAAUUCUGAACACAGCUUCAAAUGUUACAACGUAUGAAUUUAGUUUUCUUUCAAUAUCCGCUCGUAGCCAAGAAAGAAUGAUUAUUGUUUGUACAAUUGUGUUCAGGCAACACAGCACUGAGUAAAGGUUAGAGAACGUUCUCAUCUUUCAUGAAGCUGCAAGAAGCUAACAACAGGAAGCUAACAACAAGAAGCUAACAACAGGAAGCUAACAACAAGAAGCUAACAACAGGAAACUAACAACAAGAAGCUAACAACAGGAACAAACACAUCUGCUUAAACCUUUAUAUCUGCUGUCAAAGCAAAUACUAAAAUGUUCUGAGCAUGUUCAAUUCCACAUUAUGAUAUCAGGCAAACACUUGAAUUAGUAUAAUGUUAUUCAAAGUAACUAAGGAACAAUGAUUGAAAGGACAGGUUGUCUGUAAGUAUUGUAAAAGUACUUAUUGUAGAGGGCAUGCCGCAUGAGUCAUUCCAAUGAUUAGCUAAAACACAAGUUUAAAGUAAAAAAAGAACCUUCUGCUCUAAAUGCUGCUCAAUGGUUUCUAGACAAUAGAUAAGGGUAUCAUGGUGUUUAUGUGUUCUCUGGUAUUAAGUGAAUGACUUAUGGGAAUGUUUUUGAAGUUUUGUGCCAUUUUUUAAUUUGUAUUUCACUGCAGUCACUUUAACUCUUCUCUGCUAUUUGCUGGUAUAUGGCUAUUUGAAGAGAUGUGUAUUAUUACUCAUGUGUACAUCAAGUGAAUUGUUAAGCAUGCUGUUAGAUCUGCAUUGUCUCUAGAUCUCAUUGAAGCUGGGAAAAAAGGAUUUAACAUUGUAGGUGUAUAGUCAAUUCUGAUGAUUAGUGUAUGACAGUAUAAUUCCUGUUUUUACUCUAUUAUCAUUACUGUGAGACAUAUAUUGUGAUGGCUUGGUUGCUUUUAAAUGAAAUGUUGGAUUUCUUUUUAACUUAUUGUCUUUUUAAUCCUCCUUUGGUAUGUGCAAUAAUUGAGCUUCAGUGUGUGUCUGUUGUUUUCAGGCCCUGGUUUGCUUUUUUUGUUACAGUGUACAUUUGAAUGGUUCCAAAUGUACACAUUACCUUGAGUUUCCUCCUCCUGAGGAGCACUGCUCGGCCAGUGGAAACAGCUGUGAAUGUGUUGUGGGGCUUUGAAGGAGCUUUAUUUAAAGUGAAAUACAUCACAGGUCUAAAGUAUGAUGUCGAUGGAGCUUUAAAAAGUAGCUGUUAUUUUCAACAGCAGUCUGAAGUAUCUCAGACGUUGACUUUAAUUAAAUGUAUUAUGUCAAUAGAUUUCACAUAACUAUAUUGGGUUAGUUGAAAGCCGUAAUAUUCAUUCUAAAAAGUCUAAUAGUUAAGUUUAAAUAGGUUCAUCUUAAUAUUAUUGCUUUCAACUAACCUAAUACAUUUAUGUGAAAUUUGUUGACACAAUAUGUCAGUUUUUUCAGUGUAUGGUCUGCAAGGUUUAUUUGGUUUUCCUUUUUUUUAUUUUACAUGUUUACAAUGAAAUGCUGAUCCAUGCAUUUCUCAGCAUAUAAAACUUGCAUAUCAAAUGUAUAUGGUGUUGGAAAAUGCAUGUAAAGCUUUUCCCCAAUGACAAGUUGCUGUGUAUAUACUGUAUGGUAUGUACUUCUAAAUGUUUUUUGUUUUUUUUAUGUCUGUCAAUUUUUGUAUUUGAGUCAUUUAAGUCAACGCUGCAGGGAACGCAAAGGUGAAUAAUAUUUACAAUAAAAAUGUUUAAUCAUA